CAGACCUGGUGUGCUCACCUCAGGAGCCUGGUGGGCAGGUUCUCAGCCUGAAUUUUCUACCAACUCCACCUUGACCCCUCCUCCCAUCUGCAGCCUAGACAAGGGCUGGGACUUUACCCCUCAGAAGUAGAUGUAUCAAAAAGGCAGGCCAAGGGGGUCCUGCCGGGAACUCGCAUUCUUCCUACUUGGGAGCCGGUCUAGAACAUACAGGCUGCCCAGUAUCUCCCUAUUGUUGGACUAUAAACCGACACACAUUUAAUGACCUUGGGCAAGGCCCAAGUCAAGCGGCAAGGCCCAAGUCAAGCGCAGGCCAAGUCAUCGGGCUCUAGAAUGUGGGAUCUCUUGAUGGAAAAGAAAUAUGGAGACAAAGUGAACUCAUCAUUGUGAUCCACGCCUCGCAGAUGAGGAAUUCCAGAGCCUGGACCUUGGCCGCUGCCACAGAAUCCUUGGGGAGCUGUUGGAGAGAGAGCAGCAAAAAAGGUGGAGAUUCAGACUGGAGAGAAGAGGAAGCUGUGAACUGCCUUUGGGACCAAGGUUGCUAAGAGACCACCCGUGCUGAAUGCACUUUGUCCUAGCAAGAGUUUACAGUUUACCGAAAGAAAACCAAGGAGCAGGGUUAUCUACCGCUACCUGGGAUUAAGGCAGGGAGCAAGAGCAUGUUGGAUAUGAUGUGUAAAAACUGGAUAUUAAUAUCUACUACGAUUCCCACAAGUCCAGAAGAUGAAAUUGUUGGAAGACUUCUAAAAAUUUUGUUUGUUAUCUUUGUUGACUUUAUGUCUAUUAUGUAUGUCAUUGUAACUUCCUAAAGAGCAGAUUUCUCUUGCUUUACAUGUAAA